AUGCCAGCUGCGGUCGACCGAGACGAGGACAAGGAGAGAGACAGGGAGGCCAGAGAUCACGACAGAUCGAAAGGGAAAGCCCCCCCGUCCAAAGGCAAGGACGUCUCCCAUGUUCCCUGCAAGUUCUUCAAGGUGGGCUCCUGCACUGCGGGCUCUUCAUGCCCUUUCUCUCAUACCGCAACGGACCCCGGACAGAAGGAUGUCUGUGCGUGGUACGUAAAGGGGAACUGCAAGUUCUCUCACAAAUGCGCGCUGGCCCACAUUCUGCCUGGCCAGCCCAUGAGCAUGGAUAGGAAGAACAAGAAGGCUGCCCAGAUGGCUAAUUCAGGGAGCGGAGGCAGAGGAGACGGACCUGGUAGCAAAGACGGCAGGGAUGCAAGAAGUGACGGCCCCGCGAAAGGGAGAAGGAGGGAUAUGGGCGGAAAGCCUCAACUCCUAACUGGCACGACCGCGCCGACUCGACCAGGACGCUCCCUCAUGGCGCUCAAGGCAACCAUCUCCCCGAGUGCCCCAGCGCCUCCUUUGAAGGACACGGAUUUCAUGGGUGUCCUCGAUGAGGAAGUUAAACUAGCUUCUGCACCUGCCCGAGGCUCGCCAACCACGCCGUCAGGUCCAAAGGACGCUGAAUCGGGUCCCUCCAAGGCUACUACCACCGAAGAUAAACCGACCGCCUCUGUUGCGAAGCGACCGGAGAACGACGGAUCACCAUCUCCUGCUCCGUUACCCGUCAACAGCCCUCGUCGCACCGCAGCCAACAGCUCGAACGGCUCUCCUAAUGUCGAUUUUGGCCCAAUUGGCUCCCCUCCCAGAACCGGCCCUGCAACUGCUGGAUUAUCAACGUCGAGGGUUAACGGCUUCUCCCCCGGAACUUCCCCUAAUAAUAAUAAUAAUACCAAGUUCCUUUCCACAUCGCCGUUCUCUGCGCCCGGCUCCCAGAGCGUUUUUGCGGCGAAUAAUGCUAGCAUGAGGGGUGGGAUCGCUGCGAGUCUGGGCUCCGGGCUGGCAAUGUCAACGAGGUGGGACACCUAUAGCAGUAACGAGGGAUACGACACUGGGAUUGUACGGAGCGUAAGCGGUACGAGAGCCGGUGAAUAUGACAUCAACAUCGAGUACGAACGCGUCUCCGCCACGGCCGCAAACUUAACAAAUGACACUGCUGUCGACGAUGGCGAUUUGGAGGACUUCAUUCCGAGCUCGCUGACGGAACUUCUGACUCCAGAAGAGAGGAUGGAGCGCAGUCGUCGGAUGAGUAGAGGCGGUCAUGGCCAGAGUCCCACCCUCUCCCCAGGCAUCCUUGGCAACUCGGCUUCAGGCGCCGUCAACGGUGGCCAAGGUCAUAGACAUUCGCGUUCGGUUCCUUCUACAUCUUUAUUGGGUGAAAUGGCUAAUAUCUGGUCCGAUUCUAAUGGUGGCGGGGCAUUGGGUGGUAUUGGAGGCAUCCCUGGUUCACCAGGGCGCUUGGGAGAACUUGGCAAUGGGACACCGAAUUCGUUCAACAAGAGCCCCUUGCAGUCCACUUUCGGUGGCAGGGCUGAUGAAUUGGGCGUUGGUAUGGGAUCCCCGAGUCCUUCAAUGUUAACACUGUCCCCGACGAAUGCAAGUGCGGCGUUCCUUCCUGGAAUCCACUCAAGUUAUCUGAAGGCGAAGCAACAGCAACAGCUGCAGAACAUGUCGGGCUCCGGAAAUCCUCCUUUGGGCCCAGGCAUCGGAGGCACUGGGGGUUUGGGGGUGGGUUUGGGGCCGGCGUUGGGGCGCGGUGUUGGUGUUGGGAUGAGGGGCGCGAGCAAUCCUCUAUACGGGUCGAACGGUCUUGGUACGGGCGGAGGGGGCGCUAUCAGCAAGAGCAUCGGCAAUUAUCUGCAGGCGGGCCCGGUCGCAGGACUUUCGAGCUCUCCUUCGUCUGCUCAAGUCCACACAUUUGCUAGGGCUACGCCGUACGACCCCAGUUCCGCGGCCCCCGGGAUUCGUCCUAUACCCACUUACGACACAGCCGGGGCAUACGCUGGUGGCGAUGGUUAUAACGGUGCUGGCGGGUACGGAAGGCUGGGCGGGGAAAAUGGAGACGGCGGCCCAAUGCUGUCGCCUAACACCAGGGCUUUGCAACAGCACGCACCAGGCCAGAGUCUUCCGCAAGGAUUGGCUGCGGGAUACUCAAGAAUCCAUGCUUUACCACCUUUGGCUUCGCCAGGUUCGUCGGCGAUGGGUGCGAGCAUCAGCCCAGGGCCGGGAACAUUGGGUGGCAUGACGGAGUGGGCAACGUUGGAUCAUAGUCCUGGCUAUGCCGUCGCAAACAGCGGUCAGACCACAGGUAAUCUAAGCUCUUACUCAGCUGUCGCAGCGCCUAGGACGGUGAUGAAUAGCUACACCAAUCCCCCAGGUACGCCUCCUGGGUUGGGUCGGAACGUCAGCGGUGGCGCGAAAGGAAGUACGUUGAGCCCAUUGAGAGGUGUGCUAAACAAUGGCGAGGAUGAUCUGUUCGAUAUGGAAAAUUAA